AUCUCAAAUCGGUUGCGAAGCUGCCUGCAUCAUCCGCCAGCCGAGCCAGGAACCGACGAGCAGAACCGGAGGAAAAAAUGGCGUUCACAUUCGCGGCCUUUUGUUAUAUGCUUGCUCUGCUGCUCACGGCGGCGCUUAUCUUCUUCGCAAUCUGGCAUAUAAUAGCAUUUGACGAGCUGAAGACUGACUACAAGAAUCCUAUAGAUCAGUGUAACACUCUAAAUCCGACAGUUGAAAAGGUCAAAAAGAUUAAAAGAGUCAAAAUUGCAUUAAAGCUGGUGCUCCCAGAGUAUCUCAUCCAUUUCUUCUUCUGUGUGAUGUUCUUCUGUGCGGCUGAGUGGCUCACCCUCUGUCUCAACCUACCACUGUUGGCUUAUCAUGUGUGGAGGUAUAUGAGCAGACCUGUGAUGAGCUGUCCAGGACUCUACGACCCAACAACCAUCAUGAAUGCUGACAUCCUGGCAUACUGUCAAAAAGAAGGCUGGUGCAAACUGGCUUUCUAUCUCCUGUCGUUCUUCUACUAUCUCUAUGGGAUGAUCUAUGUUCUGGUGAGCUCUUAAGCCGGACGAUGAAGGAAAAGGACCUGCAUGUACAGUAGUCGACCAGACACUAUGAUCUUAGUGCUGGAACACUGGACCUGCUGGAGACCACCGUUCAGCAACACAAGACGCCAUUUCAAGCGGACGAACUCUCGAACCCCCACACACAGCGCAGAGUGUCAUUUCGGAAACAUUUAGCCCGUUUUAGGAGAAUAUCUUGGUCGCAGCGUUCUUUUCAUGACACUAUAGUUUAAAUUUUAUGGAAAAUAAGGACAAACCUGAAUGGACAAGUUUUUUCUUUUCCUUUUUUUAUUUUUCAUGGUGUGGUGAUUUUUGAUGCUUGGGAUUUAAAUAAAGUUUUUUUUUUUUUUUUUCAUCUUGGUUCCCAACUUCUGAGUGUUUACAAAUUUUAGGCAGACAUAAUUUUCAGGUGUGCAUAUAUCUGUGAGAAUCUAAGCUGUGUGCUGAAUUGCAUUAUCUUUUUCUGCGAAUUAGAUCCUGGGCUUCGACAGCUAAUUUAUACCUGCCAAGUGAUCCAUUACCAUCACUAAAACAAAUAGCAAAGUGCAAACCAGACUUAUGUUCUUGCCCACAGACACAUUAAGUCUUAACAUUUACAUGAAAGUACAGUUACGUACGGUGAGGGCUGAAGUGCAUGGGUUAUUAUCACUUAGUGAAACAUGUUGCACAGGGACAAUCAGUCUGGUUGUCACAACAUCAGUUUUCAAACCGUCUGACGUAUUGUUUCCGUACUUCAGACCUGUCUAUCACGUUUAAACCAUGUAAUCCCUGUUGAAAUAAAUGGCAAUAUUUGUUUUAAGUGUGAAUCCAGAGUAGAAAGCAACGUGUAUGUGACAUGUGUUUCUGUAGAAUCGCCCCCGCAGCUAUCGAUAAAUUAAGAAGGUAGACUCAACGGUACAAUGUUUUCAGCAUUAGGAAGCAAAGGAACUUUUUAGUUCUCUUUCUGCAUUUGAGCUUUGAGCAUGAGACUGCUGACGUGCCAUACUGUUGAAUGUACCUUUUCAAACUCAACUGUUUUUGUCAUUGUGCAUUCUGUUCAUUUCCACAACCAAAUAUUCCACGUGGUUAGAAAACUCUUAUUGAAUGUUUUUAAUUUUAACUUCUCAUGUCUCCACGAUAUCAAGCACUCCUCGCAGUGUCGCUCGUUUCCAGAAUCAAAAUCUGGGAAGUGGUGUUUUUGUUUUCUGUAGUGUCAGCGCAAUUAGACUUAAUUUUUCAGAAAUACUAGAGUAUUUAUUUCCAUUUUCAAAAUGUGUAAAUUUAUCAGGGAAAGGGAAGAUCAUUUGUCACAUAAAAUUAAAUUUUUAUGUAUUAGAUCCCAUCUUGUCACAUCUAGGAAAUGACAACUUGAGUUUAUUUGAAUCUAAAUAAAAAUGAUCCCACUCUUA